AUCCGACUAGACUGGACUCGCGCUGUUCAACAAGACAAGCCUUUGCAAACUCGACAUCUCUCUCACAUAGCUUAUUCACGAUACUAUGGCUGAACCCGAGUUUGAGCAAGCUAGGCGGGGUACGUCACAACGCAUACUUCUUCCAAUUGUCUACUUGUCGAGCUCCCUCUUGACAUUCCCACGUGCCUAUACAUCUUGGGUGGCGGGCACACGACACAUCGCACUCGGCUUCUUGGCCUCCAUCUGCGGACAGUGCUAAUUAUCCCCCAGAGCUCGUCACCACCCUCGAGAACUCGACCCUCUUCCAGAAGAACCCCGAAUACAGGAAGGCCCUCGAGGUCGUCUCCGUCCCCGAGCGUGUCAUCCAGUUCCGCGUCACCUGGGAAAACGACAAGGGCGAGUGCAUGGUCAACAAUGGAUACCGCGUGCAGUUCAACUCGGCCCUGGGUCCCUACAAGGGCGGUCUCCGCUUCCACCCCACCGUCAACCUGUCCGUCCUGAAGUUCCUGGGCUUCGAGCAGAUCUUCAAGAAUGCUCUUACUGGACUCAACAUGGGCGGUGGCAAAGGUGGCGCUGACUUCAACCCCAAGGGAAAGAGUGACAAUGAGAUCCGCAAGUUCUGCGUCGCCUUCAUGAGGGAGCUGAAUAAGCACAUUGGUGCCGACACCGACGUCCCCGCCGGCGACAUCGGCGUCUCAGGCCGCGAAAUCGGCUGGCUCUUUGGUACCUACCGCGCACAGAGGGGCAGAUGGGAGGGUGUCCUCACCGGCAAGGGCGGCUCCUGGGGAGGCAGCUUGAUCCGUCCAGAGGCCACGGGUUACGGCCUUGUCUACUAUGUCGACCAUAUGAUCAAGUAUGCUACGGGCGGCAAGGAGUCCUUCGCCGGCAAGCGCGUCGCCAUCUCUGGCUCCGGCAACGUCGCCCAGUAUGCCGCGCUCAAGGUCAUUGAACUGGGAGGCACCGUCGUUUCCAUGUCUGAUAGCAAAGGCUCCCUGAUCGCCACCGAUGAGAAGGGAUUCCAGCCCGACCACAUUUCCGCCAUUGCUGAGAUCAAGGUCCAGCGCAAGCCGCUCACCGCCCUCGAGAACCAUCCCUUCAAAUACGUCGCCGGCGCCCGUCCCUGGAAGGAGGUUGGCAAGGUCGACGUCGCCCUCCCCUCGGCGACGCAGAACGAGGUCGACGAGGAGGAAGCCAAGGUCCUCAUCGACGCAGGCUGCAAGUUCAUCGCCGAAGGCUCCAACAUGGGCUGCACCAUUGAAGCCAUCGAGGUCUUUGAGAACCACCGCCGCGCCAACAAGGGAGACGCCAUCUGGUAUGCUCCCGGCAAGGCGGCCAAUGCCGGCGGCGUGGCCGUCUCCGGUCUCGAGAUGGCGCAGAACUCGCAGCGGUUGAGGUGGACGUCCGAGGAGGUCGACGAGAGGCUCAAGGGCAUCAUGAAGGAUGCGUUUGAGAACUGCCUCGCUACCGCCAAGGAGUACGUGACUCCCGCCGAGGGUGAGUUCCCGUCGCUCGUCGCCGGUGCCAACAUCGCCGGCUUCACCAAGGUGGCGGCGGCCAUGAGGGAUCAGGGUGAUUGGUGGUGAAUGCCUUUCUGGUCUCUUUGAGUAUGCCACGUUGUUUCGCAUCUGGCGCUCGAUAUCAGAGGGUUUGGGGAGCUUUUCCGCAUGGUAUGCACGGCGUGAGGUGACGACAACGGCAAAGGAGCCGGAGUUUGAUCUGAUCCCCACACGGUUUCUUCUUCGCCCUUUUUUUCAGCGGGUAUUACGGACGGAUACAUGGCAUUGGAGUUCUGGGUGCGGAUGGAUAUACCUUGCUGUUGGGUUUUUCUGUAUUGCAUGAAAUGAUAUCAUCGAAAUCACAUACGCGUAUGGAUGC